GGAGAAAGAAGAAGGCACGGCAGCGUGUGGACGCGUUUUUUUCGGCUCAUCUCGCGGCAGCAGCCGUAGCGCCUCUCUCUCUCACUCACUGUGCGUGUCGAGCUUCAACCGAAGCUGAGGCGCCCGGGCAGAGCAGCACAGAGAUGCGGUGCAACACCUAAUUAAUAGCUCAUAUCAUGGGUUUAAUUCCUUUAAGGUCAUUUUUGUGCUAGUUUCGAAAUGGUGACGCAGAACUCGAGGUGAGAAGUUGCGUUUGCUCGGUCCGUUCGCCGGCGCCGAGGAGAGUGCGCACUCCUCUAUUUUUAUCCAGAGGGCAACACGCCAAGAUACAUUUAUUCUUGUGUAGUUUUUUGGUAAUAUUUGGAAGGAGCCAUGAUGACGGGACAGGAUGAAAGUUCAGUCCGCGUGGCACUGAGGAUCCGUCCUCAGCUGGCCAGGGAGAAGAUUGAGGGAUGUCACAUCUGUACAUAUGUGAUGCCUGGAGAGCCUCAGGUCAUCCUGGGGAAGGACAAGGCCUUCACGUACGACUUUGUGUUCGACAUGGACUCCCAGCAGGAUGCCAUCUACUCUACCUGCACCGAGAAGCUGAUCGAGGGCUGCUUUGAGGGUUACAAUGCCACUGUGUUUGCAUACGGACAGACAGGAUCAGGGAAGACGUACACAAUGGGGACUGGCUUCGAUGUCAACAUAUCAGAGGAGGAGCUGGGCAUCAUUCCUCGUGCUGUCCAUCACCUCUUUAAAGGCAUUGAGGAGCGCCACCAGGCGGCCCAAGAGCAGGGACGUCCUGUGCCCGAGUUCAAGAUCAAUGCACAGUUCCUCGAGCUUUAUAAUGAGGAGGUCCUCGAUCUCUUUGACUCCACACGAGACAUGAAGCAGAAAUCUCACAUUAAGAUCCACGAAGACGCCACCGGGGGGAUCUAUACAGUUGGAGUGACCACCCGGACCGUGUCCUCAGAGGCUGAGAUGAUGCAGUGCCUAAAGCUGGGGGCUCUCUCUCGUACAACAGCCAGCACUCAGAUGAAUGUCCAGAGCUCCCGAUCCCACGCCAUCUUCACCAUCCACCUGUGCCAAGUCCGAGUCUGUGCCUCUGACAAUCAAGAAAGUGAGAACGAUAACAAGGUGGCUAAUGAAAAUGGCGAGAUGGAUGAAUAUGAGACACUAACUGCCAAGUUUCACUUUGUGGACCUGGCUGGUUCUGAGAGACUGAAGAGAACUGGAGCGACAGGUGACCGAGCCAAAGAGGGCAUUUCCAUCAACUGUGGACUGCUCGCACUGGGGAAUGUAAUCAGUGCUUUAGGUGACCGGAGCAAGCGGUCUUCUCACGUGCCUUACAGAGACUCCAAACUGACCCGACUGCUGCAGGACUCGUUGGGAGGAAACAGCCAAACAGUUAUGAUCGCGUGUAUUAGUCCAUCUGAUCGUGACUUUAUGGAAACCCUGAACACUUUAAAGUACGCCAAUCGAGCCCGCAACAUCAAGAACAAGGUGAUGGUGAACCAGGACAAGGCGAGCCAGCAGAUCAGUGCUCUGAGGACAGAGAUAGCACGACUGCAGAUGGAGCUAAUGGAGUACAAGACGGGUAAACGAAUGGUGGGUGAGGAUGGCAUCGAGAGUUUCAGCGACAUGUUCCAUGAGAACUCUAUGCUGCAUACUGAGAACAGCAACCUGAGGGUGAGAGUCAAAGCCAUGCAGGAGACCAUCGAUGCCCAGAGGGGUCGCCUUACCCAGCUGCUCAGUGAUCAGGCCAACCAGGCUCUGGCCAGGGCAGGUGAAGGAGGCACAGAGGAAAUUGGAAACAUGAUACAGAGUUACAUCAAAGAAAUCGAAGAUCUUCGGGCUAAGCUCCUGGAGAGUGAGGCCGUGAAUGAGAAUCUGAGGAAGAAUCUGUCACGCGCCUCCACCCGUCAGUCAUUCUACGGAGGGUCUGGCUCCUUCUCCAACGCUCUGAUGGCCCCAGAAAAAGAGACCGCUGACAUCAUUGAACUUGCAAAGAAAGAUCUGGAGAAACUGAAGAAGCGUGAAAAAAAGAAAAAGAAAAGACUCCAGCAGCUGUUGGAGGAGAGAGAGAGUGAGCAAAGGGAGGAGGUGGUGGAAGAGGUGGAUCCCAGUGCAAACAAGGAAGAAGUUCCUGACAAUGAACAAGAGAAGGCCACUGAGAAGGAAAUGACUGAACGGCUCAACGAAGAGACUGAAAUGGAGGUGCAAGACACCAGCGAUCAUGAAGAGGAGGAGGAGGAAGAAGAGGAAGAGGAGAUGGAUGUGGAGGAGAGCUCUGAUGAUUCUGACUCGGAGUCGGAUGAAAAAGAGAACUACCAGGCAGAUCUGGCCAACAUCACAUGCGAGAUUGCCAUCAAGCAGAAACUCAUCGACGAGCUGGAGAACAGCCAGCGACGUCUGCACACGCUCAAACAGCAGUACGAGCAGAAGCUGAUGAUGCUGCAGUGCAAGAUCAAGGACACUCAGCUGGAGAGGGAUCGUGUCCUUCAAAACAUGAAUUCUGUGGAAAGUGGCACUGAGGACAAGGCUCGUAAAAUCAAAACUGAAUAUGAGAAGAAGUUGAGCAUCAUGAACAAGGAGCUUCAGAAGCUUCAGUCUGCUCAGAAGGAACACGCCCGCCUGCUAAAGAACCAAUCGCAGUAUGAGAAGCAGCUGAAGAAGCUUCAGAUGGAUGUGACAGAAAUGAAGAAGACGAAGGUUCGUCUUAUGAAGCAAAUGAAGGAGCAGCAGGAGAAAAAUCGACUGAAUGAGUCACGCAGGAACAGAGAAAUUGCCUCUUUGAAAAAGGACCAGCGAAAGCAAGAGCAUCAACUGAAGUUACUGGAGGCGCAGAAGAGGCAGCAGGAGCUCAUUCUGAGGAGGAAGACGGAGGAGGUGACUGCUCUGAGAAGGCAGGUCAGACCCACCUCAGGUAAAGUGGUCAGGAAAGUCAACCUUCCAGAGGCAGUUCAGGACUCCACUCACCGGCCGCCCUCUGGACGCAUGUACCCAUCCAGCAACACUGCUUCCAACGGCACAUGGUCCUCUUACAGGCGCACAGCUGGUGUUUAUUCCACCAGAAUCGCUCGGAAUAAACGGCAGAACCUGGAGCGUCGGAUCACGGAUGUCAUAAUGCAGAGGAUGACCAUCUCCAAUAUGGAGGCUGACAUGAACCGUCUCCUCAAGCAACGAGAGGAGCUGACGAAGCGUAAGGAGAAGGUUAUCAGGAAGCGGGAGAGGCUGUUGAGAGAGGGACUGGAGGCAGAGAAGACUGUGCUUCCCCUUAAUGAGGAGGUGGAUGCGUUGACCGCCAACAUUGAUUACAUUAAUGACAGCAUUGCGGACUGUCAAGCCAACAUCAUGCAGAUGGAAGAAACCAAGGAGGAGGGGGACACAGUGGAUGUCUCGGCUGUGAUUGGGUCCUGCACUCUGACUGAAGCUCGUUUCCUGCUGGAUCAUUUCAUGUCCAUGGCAAUUAACAAGGGUCUGCAGGCAGCUCAGCGGGAGUCUCAGGUGAAGGUGAUGGAGGGCCGGCUGAAGCAGACUGAAAUAACAAGUGCCACACAGAACCAGCUGCUGUUUCACAUGCUAAAGGAGAAGGCAGAGUUCAACCCGGAGCUGGAUGCUCUGCUGGGAAAUGCUCUUCAAGAGCUAGGUAACUUCCCGGUUGAAAAUGGGGAUGAUAGCAGCAGUGAUGAGUCAGCCCAAAGUCCCUCAGCAGAAGGAACCACAUUGGCAUCAGACCUUAUGAAACUUUGUGGGGAGACCAAAUCAAGAAGCAAGGCCCGCAGGAGGACCACCACUCAGAUGGAGCUUCUGUAUGCAAACAGUGACUCUGCUCCUGAUGCAACCACUGACUUCUCUAGUCCCAUGCUGUCAUUGGCUGAAAUCCCAGAUGGAGGUGGAGUUGACAUGGACUUGUCAGGCCCAUCAGUCAGAGACUACACAGCUCUUUCCCCUGGCUUUUCUUCUAAAAUGGGCAGCAUUUCUGGCUCCAGAACUGUGUCAGGUGUGGAGAAGCGAACCCCAGAGCCGUCCCCACUCUUUCGCAGGAAGACCUAUGACAAGGCACAAGCAGCGGCUGACAGGGCAAAGGUCAAGGAGAUUAAACAGGGCGUUAUCAACCCAGUGCCGUCCACUAAGAGCAGCCGCUCAGCGACAUUGCAGUGCGUUCACGUGGCAGAGGGACACAGUAAAGCUGUUUUAUGUGUUGACUGCACCGACGACCUUUUGUUCACUGGAUCCAAAGACCGGACCUGCAAGGUGUGGAAUCUGGUAACGGGUCAGGAGAUAAUGUCCCUGGGAGGCCAUCCUAACAACGUGGUAUCGGUCCGCUACAGCUCCAGUUUAGUCUUCACCAUCUCCACCUCAUACAUUAAAGUCUGGGACAUCAGAGACUCGGCCAAGUGCAUCAGAACUCUAACGUCCUCUGGUCAGGUCAACCUUGGGGAUAUCUGUGCAUCUAACACUAGUCGGACGGUCACCAUCCCUUCAGGAGAAAACCAGAUCAAUCAAAUUGCUCUCAAUCCCAAUGGGAUGGUCCUGUAUGCUGCUGCCGGAAACUCAGUCCGGGUGUGGGAUCUGAGAAGAUUCACUUCCACUGGAAAACUAACAGGUCACCUGAGUCCUGUAAUGUGUCUGACUGUGGAUCGGUCUGGAAACAACCAAGACUUGGUGAUCACAGGGUCAAAGGACCAUUACAUAAAGCUGUUUGAUGUAAGUGAAGGCUCUGUGGGGAUCAUCAGCCCUACACAUAACUUUGAGCCUCCCCAUUAUGAUGGCAUUGAGUCACUGGUGGUCCAGGGGGACAUUUUCUUCAGCGGUUCUCGGGACAAUGGAAUCAAAAAGUGGGAUCUGGAUCGCAAAGACUUGCUCCAGCAAGUCCCAAAUGCUCACCGUGACUGGGUUUGCGCGCUGGGCAUUGUCCCCAGCUUCCCAGCACUGCUGAGUGGCUGCAGGGGAGGGGUGCUCAAGCUUUGGCACACAGACUCAAUGGGGCCUCUAGGGGAGCUCAAGGGUCAUGAGAGCCCCAUUAACGGCAUCGCUGCGAACAGUAGCCACCUGUUCACUGCCUCAGACGACCGCACAGUAAAGAUCUGGCGUGCACGCGGUGGACUGGACAGCACCUUGGAGGCCGUUGACAAUGCAGAUGAGGUGACCAGUAACUGAGCACAGCGCCACCUGUUUGUUUUGACUCUAGAAGGAUGUCUGUGACACUGCUUCUCUGCACUUUGACAUCAAACUUCUUAACCUAAUGCUGACUCUGAAUAUGCUCACCGUCUUGGCCCUAUAAUGUUUGACUGAGCCCAAACAUGUUCAGCAGAACCUAUUGCAGUGUUUUUUUUUCCCUGUGGUAUUUUUUCGUUUCAUGGUUCGGCACAGCUCGGUUUAGGUUUUUUCACUGUAUAAACUACAACACUAUGGAUGCUCCCUGAUCCCAUCAGCACAUUGUCAGCUGAAAAGCUGAUCUCAUUCCAUAUCCCUCUUUCACCAGUAAGUCAUGUUGGACAGAAGCGUCCAUUAAAUCAAACACUCACAGGGAAUUUCUGUCAGAGACACUGCAGUGAUGAGCAGCUGAUCCCGCCAGCAUCAAGAGGAUUCUGUAUCACAGAGAAAAAUGAAGCAUGAAGAGCCAUGUUGAACUGUGCCAUACCAUGGAAUGGAAAAGUGCCAUAGACUCUGAAGUGUCAGUGUGUCUUCAGUGUACUCUCAACUGCAGUUUCAAAGAACAUAAGAACUUGUACUUAGAAAACAUACAACAGCAGGCAGGUUACUGAGAAACUGUGCAGCUCAGCAUCGAGUCAGUGCUGUGCACAGAUAUAAAAUGGAUGAACUCUUACCCAGUAAUAAAUUCUGGGAAGAACUGGCAGUAUGAAGGUGAGCAGGUGGCAAAGGUAGACUUGAUAACUGGUCUUUACAGCCCACUUUUCAGUUAAUUUAGUAUGUUUCUGUGCACUCAAAGCAAACAUCUCCACACGCCCAUUCCUGAGGGGAACAAAAAGGGGAACCUGGCCAGACAUUGUACCUUUCAACUUGGCUCUGCUGUUUUGUAGCAGCUUUAGUUCAGCAAGUAAAUCUGUACAACCUGUGUCCCUGCAAGACGUGAAGACGUUACCAUUCAUAUGAAUGAAAUCUGAAGAUACAUCAACCUUUUUAAAGUUAUGAAGUUGGAACAAUUCAUUAUAUCUCUUUUUAGGAUUUGCAGGGUUUUAUGCAUCGAUUUCUUUGGCUGCUUUUUGUUUUCUUUUGAUAUCCCAUUUUUACAGUAUGGUUCCUCAACAGUUUAACCAAGUAAGCUUAGAAAUGCAUUGAUCAGAGGUUUGAGGCCAAUUUUUCAGUUUUUGUAAAGCUUUGAUCUGCUGAUACAGAUUUUAGCCAAUUCCAAUUUUUCUGUAAGAACUUUAAAUAAGAAGGUACAAAACAAAAUUCUUCAAGCUUACAUUUUAAACUGGCUGUAGCAUCUUGUAUUAAUAAUAACACAGUAAGCGUGGCUAGCAUUACUAAAAACAGUCUCCUUGAAUAUAUCCUAGAGGCUGUAGAUACAAACUUUAACUGAGAUUUCCAAGAGGCUUCCAAAAUGUCUGAAAUCCAGCAUGUUCUAUGGCAGACAGGUUAAAAAAUAUAAAACCCAACAACAUGGCGGUGAUACAUUCAGCCUUUCUAUUAUCUGAUAAAACCUGUGCUUUUCUCCUGGCCUGAAUGAAAAGUAAAUAUGUCAUGCUGUAGUAGAUUUGGUUUGAUUUCAAAAAGAUUUCUACAUCUCUUUACUUCCUCUUACUUUAAACAUGUCAGUGAUACUAAAAACAGCUCACUUUGAGUCUUCUCUCACAGCAUCCACACCGAGUGGUGGUGUUACUGCGAUCUGGUCACGCUUACGUAAGGAGAGGUUUUUAGUUUGCGAUCGGCUGGUCACCAGGCAGGACUGAUCAAGCUGAAAAUCGGCCAGUUCCAGUCACCCACCUAUUACUUCUGUGCAUCUCUAAGUAAGCUGUUACAUUCUAGCUGCAGAGGAGUGAAAGCCGAGACAGCCUGGGUUCACCACCAUUUGUCUGCGUGAAGCUGUUUGAUUCCUUUGGUUACUUUUAGCCUCUUAAAGUCAUGACUGGAAAUGUCUAAAAUGUGGAACGAUCCCUUUAACACUUGAGCACUUGUAAAAAGUAACCCAGUGAAGCUUUGGGACUAAUGUAAUUCUUAAAUGUGAGCAGGUUUUAACUGAGAAUAUUCACAUCACCUGCUCUUGUUAUUGUGACAAUCUUUCUCCACUCUUUGACCACACAGCACUACAUAUCUUUCCUCUUUCUGCCGAGGUCAAACUUCCUUCAACCUUAUGAGGUCUUGUUGUUGUAGACUCUAGGUGAGUUCCACAUGAUGUCAUAGCUCCACUUUCUGUAUAUAUAUAACACUUUUUUGUUGUUUUUGUUAGAAGAGGCCUUCAGUCUCUGUCAAUGUCAUUCACCUAAAAGCAUCAGCAAUGUCUGUCUCCCAGUUCCGAUCCUUGUGGUUCCCUCUGAGGACUUCGGGUCUCUCUGUUGUAGUCGAUCUCUCUGUCUUGACUGUGUGCUGUUGCUUUUGAUUGUUUGGUGAAAGCAGCUUGUAUACCUUGUUGCAUUUCAUGUCUGUUACUAAAACUGCAUAUAUAAAAAUGUGACCGAAUGUUAGCAUUGUGGGACCACUGAUCUAAAUCCGGUCUCGCAGGAGGACCAAAAUUAGCAGGAAGACCGAGAGGCAGCAUUAGCAGGAUUUAUGCUUCAUUAAGGCAGUAGGUUGGUACUCUUAACCUACAGUUAUUUUGUUUUAUUGUCUGUUUUUUCCCUUAAAUCCUUUGUACCCGUCUGGAGGUUUAGUAGCCAUUCUCAAAUGGCAAACUGUUGCGAUUCUAAUGUCAGAUGCCUGAUGAGAAUAAAUGCCAUCUGUCAAAAACA